AUGACACAAAACGUCCAUCCCCUCCAAGCAAUCCAAUCGGCCAUCGGCAGUGCAGGCGGCGAUCCUCGUCCCCUGCAACGAGGAACUCUCUUCAACAAUGCCAAUGAUGGGCCCGCAGCAAUCAUAUCCAAAGUAGCAGGAGUACAAAGCGGAGGUAUGCGUGAAGAUAACGGUCCUUACUUUACCAACAAUGAAGGAAUUCCCUUUCCGGAUCCGGCGCAUAGUAAGACUGUAGGAGGUGUGCCUGUGGCUAGUGAUGUUUUCUUGUUUCAGAAACAGCAGCAUUUUAAUCGGAGCAAGAAUCUUGAGAGAAUGGUUCAUCCUUGUGGUAGUGGAGCUUUUGGUUAUUUUGAGACGACGGCGGAUGUAUCGGAUUUGACAAAGGCAAACUUCCUCAAUGGUAAGGGUGUGAAAACUCCCGUUUUCAUACGUUUCUCCACCGUCACCGUUGGACGCGAGUUUCCAGAUCUAGCACGCAACCCACGUGGUUUCGCCAUCAAAUUUUAUACCGGAGAAGGAAACUACGACAUUGUCGGACUUAACUUUCCCGUCUUCUUCUGUCGAGACCCCAUCCAAGGUCCAGAUGUCAUUCGUUCACAAAAUCGUAAUCCCAAGAACUUCCUACUUGAUUACAAUUCUCUUUUUGAUCUUCUAGCUCUCACCCCUGAAGCCAAUCAUGCAGGAAUGAUGUUCUUCAGUGAUCAUGGAACUCCACAAGGUUGGCGUUUUAACCAUGGUUAUGGUUGUCAUACGUUUAAGUGGGUGAACAAAGAGGGGAAAUUUGUUUACAUCAAGUAUCAUUUCCUUGCCAAACAUGGUCAGAAACAAUUCACGGCAUCAGAAGCCACUACGCUUAGUGGAGUGGAUCCUGAUUAUUCUAAGCGUGAUCUUUGGGAUGUAUUGGAAAAAGGAGAAGAAGUCGAAUGGACGGCGAAUGUACAAAUCAUGCAACCGAAUGAGGCCGAUGCGACCACUCUUGGUUUUGAUCCAUUUGAUGUUACAAAAGUCUGGCCGAGAGAUAAAUUCCCAAUGCACGAAUUUGGCAAGCUUGUUCUCAACAAGAAUCCGGAAAACUUCCACCGUGAUGUUGAACAAGCCGCAUUCUCCCCAGGAAGUAUGGUACCAGGUAUUGAAGAUAGUCCGGAUCCACUAUUACAAUUCCGAAUGUUUUUCUACCGCGAUGCACAAUACCAUCGAAUUGGCGUAAAUCUACACCAAAUUCCCGUAAACUGUCCAUUUAUGGCCAGUUCAUACAGCUCACUCAAUUUUGAUGGCCCGAUGCGAACUGAUGCCAACCAUGCCGGAAACCCACAAUAUGUACCCAACUCUUUCAAACACAAAUUCCGUCCCGAUGUGGCUGAAGCUCCUUAUGCCGUGGCAGAUAAUGUUGUAUCUCGAAAGAGUCAUUUCUACCACGAGGGCAAACUAUCGGAUUAUGAUCAAGCGAGAGAACUGUACAAGCGAGUAAUGACUGAGACGCAAAGAGAUCAUUUACAUCAGAAUACCGCAAAUUUGUUGCGUUUUGUUGAUGCAAAGGUUAUUAAAGUGGGCUAUCUUGCUCAGCUUUGGAAUAUAGAUCCUCAAUACGCCAAAGCUAUCUAUGAUUUACUCCCAGAAGCAUCAAAGACGGGUUCAGAGGGUUUUGAGUUUGUAGAAGUUCAGAAUAAGGCAAAAGGAGCCGAGUUAGCAGGGAAGGAAGAAAAAUUUAGGCCUAAGGAUGCGUCUGAGAGAUUGGUUGGAUUCAAUCCAGGAAAUAUCUAUAAUAUUUGA